AGGGUGGAAGGACAAUCUGAUCCACUGUCAACCACCAACCACCAACAUGGGCAAGAUCAUCUUUUACGAAGAGAGGAACUUCCAGGGGCGCAGUUAUGAGUGCAUGACUGACUGCCCCGACAUAUCUUCCUACAUGUCCCGCUGCAACUCCUGCCGAGUUGAGAGCGGCUGCUUCAUGGUUUAUGAGCGUAACAACUUCAUGGGCCAGCAGUUCUUCCUGAGGAGGGGAGAGUACCCCGACAUGCAGCGCAUGAUGAGCAUGGGCAUGAUGUUCGACAACAUCAGGUCCUGCAGAAUGAUCCCCCAGCACAGGGGAUCCUUCAGGAUGAGGAUCUAUGAGAGGGAGAACUUCGGAGGUCAGAUGAUGGAGCUGAUGGACGACUGCGAGUCCAUCAUGGACCGGUACCGCAUGUCUGACUGCCAGUCCUGCCACGUGCUGGACGGCCACUGGCUGAUGUACGAGCAGCCCCACUACAGAGGCAGGAUGAUGUACAUGAGGCCUGGAGAGUACAGGAACUUCAGGGAGAUGAGCACAGGCUUGGGCCUUGGUGGCAUGAGAUUCAUGAGCAUGAGACGUAUCAGCGAUAUGUGCAAUUAACUGUACUUAAUUGUUCAUGAUAAUAAAAUAAUUGAAGAUCUUUCAUAACUAAA